AUGGACCUCCCGAUAAUGGCCCAGGUGGAAAGCAUCGCGAACCGUUUUCACUCGGCAUCGCUCGGCACACCGUCAGUUGAAACCGAUAGCAUGCAUAGCCAAGACACGAAGGGAAUCAUGGUAUGUGAUUUGAAUAAUAACGUCUCCGUGAAGGCGAAUUCACCAGAGCCAGAGGAAACCGAUCAACCGUAUGAGAUUCGGCCGUUUUACGAUAACAAGAGCAUUUUCGUCACCGGUGGUACCGGCUUCCUGGGAAAAGUGCUUAUCGAAAAAUUGCUACGCAGUUGCGAUGGAAUAAAACAUAUUUACGUUUUGCUGCGGCCAAAGCGCGGUCUCUCGAGCGAACAGCGUUAUCGUGAAUUCGUGAAGCAUCCGGUCUUCGAUAGAAUUCGAUCGAAGACGCCGUUCGUACUGGAGAAAUUAAUACAUGUCGGGGGCGACAUUGCGUUGCCAUUGUUGGGGCUCUCGGAAAAGGAUGUGCAACGCCUGGUGGAAAAUGUUAACAUUGUAUUCCACGUAGCAGCAACGGUUCGGUUCAACGAAGGCUUGAAGGAAGCUGCAGUGCUCAAUACGAUUGGUACACAGCGUGUUCUAGAUCUGUGCGUUAAAAUGUUCCAUCUGCAGAGCGUAGUUCACGUCUCAACCGCCUACAGUAAUCCCAGCAGGAAUGAGGUUGACGAAGUGGUCUAUCCACCUACUAUGGAUCCCGAUUCUUUUGUACAAUGCAUCAACAUCUUACCAGGGGAUGUGGUAAAUGCAUUGGCUGGCAAACUACAGGGUACACAUCCAAAUACAUACACAUUGACUAAGUCGAUUGCCGAACAGUUGGUAUGUGACUACAGCAGUCGGCUACCGAUUUGCAUUGUACGACCUUCUAUAGUAACCGGAGCGUUAAAGGAACCAUUCCCGGGUUGGAUCGAUAAUGUCUACGGCAUCACGGGAAUCAUGAUGGAAAUCGGAAGGGGCACAAUCAGCAGCAUAAUGUGUGACCAAAAGUGUGUGAUGGAUGUUAUACCAGUGGACAUCGUGUGCAACACGUUGAUCGCAGCCGCAUGGGAAAACGCCACAACCAUAUCCAAUCCAAUCCGAGUGUACAAUUGCACAUCCGGCCCGGUUAAUCCCAUUAAAUGGUACAAAUAUGGAGAAAUCACACAAAAGUGGUCCUUGAGGAAUCCAACCAAAUAUGUAAUGCUAUAUCCAGGCUUUCGCUUUCGUACGAAUAGAACAAUGCAUAAGAUAGUGGAACUAUUUCUACAUCUGCUACCGGCUUACCUGUUCGAUCUACUGAUGCGAGCUCAGGGUUCAAAGCCGAUAAUGGCAAAGAUUGCGAGACGUUUCCAGAAGGCAGCCGAUACGGGAGAAUUUUUCGCCAUGCACGAAUGGACCUUCCGCGUUCCGAAUCUGAAACGGCUGUCGCGAAAGGUUCGGCUGGCACGUGAUGGGGAAGAGUUCAACAUGGAUAUGAGUGACAUGAGCUGGGAUUCCUACAUCGAGAAGUACAUGCUAGGAAUUCGAACCUUCGUCUUGAAGGACGGGCUCGACAGUCUGGAAAAAGCCAGAACCAAACUGCGACGAUUGUAUUGGGUUAAACGUUUGCUGCAGAUGGGGGUGCUGGUAUUUUUAUAUUAUUUUGUUUUCAAGGGGCUGCUAUUCUAA